GUAAUAUUAGGAGGGGCAUGGCGGCCAUUUACAAGUUAAAAAGACUCAGUUUGUAAUAUGAAUAAGUCCGGAGGUGGAUCGAUAUGGUCACUGAAGUGGGGUUUUAAGGCUUCAAGUACUGAAAGAGAAAAACACAACUUCUAACCCCAAACAGAACAAGCUCCAAAGGCCAUGUCUGAAAAACCAAAUAACUUCCCCCCUCUGCCUCGUUUUAUCCCUCUGAAGCCUUGUUUCUACCAGGACUUUGAAACAGAUAUCCCAGAUCUACAUCGAACAACAGCAAAGCGUAUCUACUACCUGUGGAUGUUGAACAGCAUCACACUGGCAGCAAAUCUGAUUGGCUGCCUGGCGUGGAUGAUUGGAGGAGGUGGUGCUGUUAAUUUCGGCCUGGCAUUUCUAUGGCUCAUCCUCUUUACUCCCUGCUCCUAUGUGUGCUGGUUCAGACCUAUUUACAAAGCCUUCAAGACGGACAGCUCCUUUAAUUUCAUGGCUUUCUUCUUUGUAUUCAUUGCUCAGCUGGUGGUCAGUAUAAUUCAGGCAGUGGGCAUUCCAGGCUGGGGAGUUUGUGGAUGGAUUGCAACAAUUAGUUUCUUUGGUACUAAUGUUGGAUCUGCAGUAGUGAUGUUGAUCCCCACCAUCAUGUUUACAGCUGUUGCUGUCUUCUCCUUUGUUGCCCUAUCUAAGGUACACAAGUUUUACCGGGGAGCAGGUGGCAGCAUGAGCAAAGCCCAGGAGGAAUGGACUACGGGUGCAUGGAAAAAUCCUCAUGUGCAGCAAGCAGCACAAAAUGCAGCCCUUGGAGCUGCCCAAGGUGCCGUGAUGCAGAAUGAGCCUCAGUACUCAGCCACACCAAACUAUGGCUAUUCUAAUCAAAUGUGAGAAGAGGGAUGACUGUCGCUAGACCUACAUUCCCUGGGAUCAGAAGGUCCCCACCUAGCCCUUGGCCCCCAGUAGUUCAGUUGUGCUUACAAUUCCUUCACCCUCCCCUACUUACCGUUGACAUGGUGCAUAAGUGACUGUGAUGUGUAUGUGUGCAUCCCAGAGAGAAUAUGCCCUACACAUUUGUUAACAAGAUUUAGCCUUAAUAUUUAGGAACUAGGAAUAUGAGUUCUUAUGUAUUUCAUCAUGCACAUCUUUUUGUGGCACAUCAGACUAAAUACUGUCAUGUCUCAAUCUCAUAUCUAUAUUUUCCUUUUCCCAUUAAUGAUGCUCUACUUACAUACAGAGAAGAUACAAAAAAAAACAUGUUAAGCAAAUUGUAAUUCAUUAUCUUUUAAACUUGAACAGUAGCACAUUUUUACAGUCAAGGUGGGAAGCAGGGCAUUUUCAGGGCAUUAUCAUUUUUUUUUUCUGUUUAUUACUUUUCAAGUAAUGUUAAUGUUCGAUUUGAUUUCGAAUAACCAUUUUGUGAAAGUUACUUUACCUCACUACAUGUGGGAUAAUACUAAGUUCUUGAAAGGUUACAUUUUCGAAGAUUCAAUGUAUGGUGCACUAUAUUGAUACCAACAAAACUUCAAUAUAUAUAUUUUUUUUGUAUAAAAUAUUUUACAUAUUUUUACAAAAAAAACCCAUCCUUUAAGAAGGGUCUGUAAUUUUACAAUGUAAGCCAAGUAAAUGUGAGUAAUCGUGUUGGUAUUUUGUGUGUUUGUGGCAAGGCACACUAUUUCUCUACUGAUGUGUGUAUACAUAUCUGUGUGUGUAAUAUACAUUUUUUUUUUCCUUCAGUCAUCAAGCAGGCCGCAUAAAAGAGACAGACUGAUUACAGCGAUAAAACGCUCAGUUAUUUCCAUUCACACAUCUGUGUAUAGUCAGACACUUGCUAACAAAGAAAAAAAUCAUGUGCAUAUGUAAUCACACACAUUUGAUAGGUGUAUUCUUCUGAAAUGAAGUUUAUUUUUCACUAAGAAAAAUAAGUAUUGAAGGGGAAUCUUUUUAAGUUUGAUCGUACCUGUUAAUUUCUGCUUAUAGGCACUCAAACCGCUAGUAAGGUGCCUCUCAUCUACUUAUAGGCUAUAUAUGCUUUGACAUAUAUCUGUCACUUAAACCACGGAAGGAUUUUAUAUUGGGUUAUCAGUAAUCUAAACAAUUAGGAGCCAGAAGCAAUUUGUUAGAAACCAUGGCUCCCAGAAUCUUUCAGACACAUCAAAAUGUUUAUCACAAUUUUGGUAUGAGUAUGCAGUUGCCUAUUAUAUGUAAGCCAUUAAAGGGACACUAUAUAUACAUAGUGUACGUUGUAUUGCAGAAGAAUAUAACAUUUUAUUAUCUUUUAACCUAUAACAUUGUUAGCUAAAUAUACAUUGUUUUAGAGCAAUCCUGGGACAUAACCCUUGAAAAGCUUUUUCAUAUUUUCUUUUAAUUUUCUUCUGCUGUGGCCAGGUAGGUGUAGAUUUAAAAACCCCAACACAUUAUAUAGUCACUACUUACUGUCCUCAAGGAUACACUACAGAUUCUCUGGGGGCUUUGGGAAAAAAAUACCAUUUAAAAUAUAGGAAAAGGAAGCAAAAUGAAUAAUAAAAGUAAAUAAUUUUAUAUAUGCAUAA